AUGGCGGCGACGGUUGCAGGGGAGCCGCGGAGGCCGCCGGGAGCGUGGGCGGGGCCGGGCCGCCAGUGCCUGCGCUGUGGGGGCGGCGGGGAGUGGGUGCCACUCGCCGGCAUGAGCAGCGGUGCCAGGAGCCGCAGCUGGAGGAGGGCCGCCCGCCUCAGCCCAUCGACUUUCUCCAGCUCCGAGGAUCCCCUCAGCCUCUCCGGCUGCUCCCCGCUCUCCCCCGCGUCCUGCCCCAGCUCCCCUAGUGGCGAGGAGGAGGAGCGGGCGGCGGCCUCCUGGAGCCGGCGAGGCGAUAGAAAGGCUGAAGACUCUGAAGUAGCAGCAAGGGAAAAAGAGUCACCUUUGAAAGCUAAUCUUUCACCAUGGGAAGAAUGGUUCAUUGGCAAAGAGAAGGAACUACGUGCCCGCUUACAAGCUAGAGCUGCAGAGGAAAUGAAUAUACAGCUUGAGAAGAUGAAGCAAAAGCAAGAAUGUGAAAGGAGGAGAAGAAUGGCUGAGGAGAAGCACAAAGAAUGGGCCCAAAAAAAGAGAGAAGAGGAAAGAAGGGAAAGGGAACGAAAGCUGAGCAAAGAAAUGGCAGAAAAAGCCACAAGGGAACUAGAAAAAAUGCAGUUACAAGAAAAGGCAGAAGUAAAGUAUAAAGAAUGGUUAAAGAAGAAGAGAGCUGAAGAAGCAGAAAAGAAGAAGAAAGAGAAGGAAAAAGAGAAAGAAAGGGAAGCUGAGCUGCAGGAGAAGAAAGUAAGGUCAGAGAAGAUCUUUAAGGAAUGGCUUCAUAAUGCUAGGAAUAAACCACGCCCUGUUUUAAAUGGGAAGUCUACAGGGUGUGGUGAUGGGAGUUGGUAUCCAGCUCCAGCGUAUUAUAACCCCAUUCCUUGGAAACCUGUACUUGUGCCUCCUCCAAAGGAAGACAAUGUUCUUGCCAUGAAGAAGAGUAAGAGACCUGUACCUCGUCAGUCAUGUUCUUCUUUGCCUAUAGUAAUUUAUAAGCCCAAGAAUAACCCUUGCAGAAAGCAGUUAUAA